AUGAACAUUAUGAGUAAAAAUAUCAAUGCGUUUAAAAGAAAUCCCUAUCGCGGAUUAAAAAAUUUACAAAAUACUCUCGACCUUCGUGCUGACGAAUGGGAAGAAGAUUUUUUCCUACCCAGUGAAUUGAAUGAAGACAAAAAUCAUUUUUAUCUCAAAAUUCAUUUGCCGGAAGUAGAAAAGGAAAACACCAAAAUUGAAAUUACGGACCGAGUUUUACGAAUUUCCGGAGAACGGAAGGAAAAAAAAGUAGUUGAAGGCGACAAAAAACACUAUUCGGAGGUUUUUUACGGCUCUUUCGCUCGGGAUUUUAGUUUACCAGAAAAUACCGAUAGCACUAAUAUCAAAGCCAAUUUUGAAAGUGGAGUAUUAACGAUAACCAUUCCCAAAUCUCCCGAAAGCGGAGUUAUAGGUGGUGAAGCCGGUGCCUUAGCGAUUGCUGCUCUGGCUGGAAAUGAAGUAAUUCAGCCCUUAGAACCGAAAAUUUACCACGACUUAUCACAACAAGUUCGUUACGAAGAAAAAUGGUGGAAACCAGGUAAUGUCUCUUUCACGGAAUUUUUUUCAAAUUUUUGGUCUGAUGCUCCCAUUUACUUCUCUGACUAUGGUAGCCAUUCUAUUUAUUCUCAUGGAGUCACGGUAAAAGUUGCUAAUGACAAUAAGAAUGAGACGAAAUUCCGAAAAGAAGUUAUUAGACCCAAAAUUGACGAGAUAAAAAACGACCCUGACUUUUACGAGCGCACUCCCUUUCUUACUCUGGCCGAGGAUUUGUUAAAAUUAGUGAAAGAAAAUAAGGCUGAAAUCAUUUUUUUGUCGGCCUACGACCAAAAAGUUUUUACGGAUGGUGAUCCUCGCAAAAAGAAAAUAUUUGCCGAAACUUUUGGUCGUCUGCCGAGUUGUUCUCUGCAUUUGGUGGGAUUUGAGUUUAGUAAGGGGAAAAAUAAUCCUACUAAAAGCCAAUGGGUUAGUGAAAAUCAUCCUGAUUGUCACAUUAUGAUUGAUGAUAAUCCCAACAUUUUGAAAUUAGCCGCAGAAAAAUUACCUCACCUAAUUCUUUGCGCUCCCUAUUAUCAUUCUACUAUUAAGCAUCACUCAAAAUUACAAAUUAUUGCUGGGUCUUCGGGAGUAGCAUUAGGUGCAGUUACCGGAGUAAUCAUAUCCCAACUUACUACGAAGAAACUAAUUCAGCAGGAAAAACAAGAAAGAAUUUUACUCCGUUAUGAAAUAAGCGAAAGUAUUAAAGAACUAAAAGAACA